AUGAUGAAACCUACAGCAAAAUCAAUUCAUAGAGUUGGUCGUUUCUUAAAGAAGAGCAUUGGGAGCAUCAAGUCCACUAUCUGCUUCGGUAAAUACCACAACUUGCCUAACACUAACAACACUCCUCUCUUGACCCCCUUCUCCUGCAGUCUUCGGCGCCGAUGUUCACAAGAAUCCCAAACUGAAGAAUCCUACAGUGUUAUCUCUUGCGAGAGCACGGCUGUCGCAGGAGCUAGAGAUGAGAGUCUCAUCAACAAAAACCAGCAUAAAAAGAAACAGAGGAAAAAAGUAUCAGAGCCAUUCGAGGAGGCCAAGAGAAGAGGUGACAUGUUGGCUCAGAAGAUGAAAGAUCUCAACAUGGUGGACCUGAGAGACGAGGAUCACGCAUUGGAUGUACGAGAAGCGCUUCGGUGCUAUUCAAGCAUCAGAAGCCCUGUCUACCUUGACAUUGUUGACAAUUUCUUCACAGACAUGUACUACGAGUUCUCUGAUCCACGCACUUCUUCCACUGUCAACGGUUCAAGAAGAAAAGCAGGCUCCUUCAGGCUCUAA